GGUUUUGUGUCCUGUAGGAUGGAGUGGCAGCCAGAUGAACAGGGUCUGCAGCAAGUGCUUCAGCUACUUAAGGACUCCCAGUCCCCAGACACAGCAACACAAAGAGCUGUGCAAGAAAAACUGGAGCAACUUAACCAGUUUCCAGACUUCAACAACUAUCUCAUCUUUGUCCUCACAAGCCUCAAAUCUGAGGACGAGCCCACGCGCUCUCUGAGCGGUCUGAUCCUGAAGAACAAUGUUAAGGCUCACUACCAGAACUUCCCCCCAACUGUGGCUGACUUCAUCAAACGAGAAUGCCUCAACAACAUCGGAGACCCUUCACCGCUUAUCAGAGCUACGAUCGGUAUCCUGAUCACGACCAUAGCCUCUAAAGGAGAGCUGCAGACUUGGCCGGAACUGUUGCCUCAGCUCUGUAAUCUUCUCAACUCAGACGACUAUAACACCUGCGAGGGUUCUUUUGGCGCGUUGCAGAAGAUCUGCGAGGAUUCGUCAGAGCUGUUGGACAGCGAUGCUCUGAAUAGACCCCUCAACAUCAUGAUCCCCAAAUUCCUACAGUUUUUCAAGCACUGCAGCCCCAAGAUCAGGUCCCAUGCUAUAGCGUGUGUGAACCAGUUCAUCAUUGGUCGAGCUCAGGCUCUGAUGGAUAACAUUGACACCUUCAUUGAGAGUCUGUUUGCACUGGCUGGUGACGAGGACAGUGAAGUGCGUAAGAACGUGUGCAGGGCUCUGGUCAUGCUGCUGGAAGUCCGCAUCGACCGCCUCAUCCCGCACAUGCACAGCAUCAUCCAGUACAUGCUGCAGCGGACCCAGGACCCAGAUGAAAACGUGGCUCUGGAGGCCUGUGAGUUCUGGCUCACUCUGGCUGAACAGCCCAUCUGUAAAGAGGCCCUGUCUGGCCACUUGGUCCAAUUGACCCCUAUCCUGGUCAAUGGGAUGAAAUACUCUGAGAUUGACAUUAUUCUCCUGAAGGGCGAUGUUGAAGAGGACGAGGCAGUUCCCGACAGCGAGCAAGACAUCAAGCCUCGCUUCCACAAGUCCCGUACCGUCACUUUACAGCACGAAGGGGGGGAGGGCGAGGAGGGGGAGGACAUCGAUGAUGACGACGACGACGACGACGAUACGCUGUCUGACUGGAACCUCCGGAAGUGCUCGGCCGCGGCUCUGGACGUUCUUGCCAACGUGUUUCGUGAGGAGUUGCUUCCCCAUCUCCUGCCCCUGCUCAAAGGACUGCUGUUCCACCCUGACUGGGUCAUCAAGGAGUCUGGCAUCCUAGUGCUGGGAGCUAUCGCUGAGGGCUGUAUGCAGGGCAUGGUACCUUACUUGCCUGAGCUCAUCCCCCACCUCAUCCAGUGUUUGUGCGACAAGAAGGCCCUGGUCCGCUCCAUCGCCUGCUGGACCCUCAGCCGCUACGCCCACUGGGUGGUCAGCCAGCCCCCUGACACUCACCUCAAACCGCUCAUGACCGAGCUGCUCAAACGCAUCCUAGAUGGCAAUAAGAGGGUACAGGAAGCAGCAUGCAGCGCGUUUGCCACCCUGGAGGAGGAAGCGUGCACUGAGCUGGUGCCUUACCUGAGCUUCAUCCUGGACACGCUGGUUUUUGCUUUUGGGAAGUACCAGCACAAGAACCUGCUCAUCCUCUAUGACGCCAUAGGAACACUGGCGGACUCUGUGGGACACCAUCUUAACCAAGACGAGUACAUACAGAAGCUGAUGCCUCCGCUGAUAGCCAAGUGGAACGAGCUGAAGGACGAAGACAAAGAUCUCUUCCCUCUGCUCGAGUGUCUGUCAUCCGUUGCCACCGCGCUGCAGAGCGGCUUCCUCCCCUACUGCGAGCCCGUCUACCAGCGAUGUGUCACCCUGGUCCAGAAAACACUGGCUCAGGCCAUGAUGUACAGUCAACAGCCAGACCAGUACGAAGCACCCGACAAGGACUUCAUGAUCGUGGCUCUGGAUCUUUUAAGCGGCCUAGCUGAGGGACUGGGGGGCCACGUGGACACGCUUGUGGCCCGCAGUAACAUCAUGACGCUGCUUUUCCAAUGCAUGCAGUCCCAGGAUACGAUGCCUGAAGUAAGACAGAGUUCGUUUGCUCUGCUUGGCGACUUGACCAAGGCUUGCUUCCCUCAUGUCAAACCGUGUAUUGCUGAAUUCAUGCCGAUCCUCGGGACAAAUCUGAACCCGGAGUUCAUCUCUGUCUGCAACAAUGCCACCUGGGCCAUCGGAGAGAUCUGUAUGCAGAUGGGAGUGGAGAUGCAGCCGUACAUCGCUAUGGUUCUGAACCAGCUGGUUGAGAUUAUUAAUCGACCCAACACCCCCAAGACCCUGCUGGAGAACACCGCAAUCACCAUCGGUCGUCUGGGCUACGUGUGUCCUCAGGAGGUCGCGCCCGUGCUGCCGCAGUUUAUCCGACCCUGGUGUACGUCUCUGCGGAACAUCAGAGAUAACGAGGAGAAAGACUCCGCCUUCCGCGGGAUUUGCAUGAUGAUCGGCGUGAACCCAGGAGGUGUGGUGCAGGACUUCAUCUUCUUCUGCGACGCGGUGGCCUCCUGGGUGAAUCCUAAAGACGAUUUGAGAGACAUGUUCUAUAAGUCCCAUCCCAAGGCUGAUCUCUAACUCACUAUUACGUCACCACACUCUCCUCUCCCGCUGCUGCGUGAGUCACUGGGGUGUAGAGACCUCGGGCGGACCAGAGUGUUCAUCUCAGCAACAAGGACACUGCUCUUGUUCUGCACAGAAAUGAAGUGAACGCACUCCCCCCUCAGGAGCUUAACGCAUAAAGGUCAAAAUGCUCUGCCUGCAGAUUUUGUGCAAAAUCCACAGAUGCAUGUAUUUACACUAAUCGAGAAUUUCUGUUAUACUUCUAGAAUAUUCUUUUUGGGACAUUGAAGCAGUUGACAGCAUAGUGAAUCCAUAGUAGGGCAAAUUAACCUGGGGAUCAAACCUGCUCCGUUUCAAUAUCUUGGCUUCUGUUUGAAUUGACAGAAAGGAAAAUGUUCUGUGCACACGUAUUCUUCCCCCUGUGACGAGGCCUGCUCUGGCUUUGUUGGAGCAGCUAGUCCUGUUUGGAAACGUCUUGACAACCUCAGCACUUUUCAACAACACAUUCUUUUCUUUUUUUUGCUGCAAGUGUGACAAUGGCAAUUUAACAGUGGGUACACUGGGAAACUAAGUACAAUGCAUUUUGGGUAAUGUGAGAGGGUCAGCAUGACGUCUGUACAUGGUUUCUUUCAAGUUUGCCACUAAAAGACAACAUUGGCUCAAAGAUCUAUUAAUGCUGCUUUUUAAGAAUCAACCAGGGACGCACAAUAUAUAUUGGGCUCAUAACUUAGCGGCAGAUAAUGGGUCAUUUGUGUUGUGUAUUAUUCCGCUAACGAUUUGCAAUACAGGUUUUUUGAUGUGCUUUACUAGACAAAGGAAAAGAAGCUAUUAAUGCAGGACCUAGGACUUAGUUGAUAUUGUACUUCAGUGCUCAAAAUGUAACAACAAAGUUUCAAUUAGUCAAAUUAACAAAGAAACAACAGAUGACAGUAAACCGGGGGCUUGUGCCCACGUUGGUAAUUCGACCUUGUUGCAGUCAGACACUCAAAUGCAGGACAAAUAAAGGAACCGAUAACAGAACUAUGGAAAGAUCACAUGGAGUCCGUGUCCCGACUACUUGAUUACUAAAGAUUACUUGAAGAUGUGCCUGAAUUAAUCCCCCCCCCCCCCCCC